UGACAAUGCUACAAUCCUCAAGAAAAUAUACAGAUGAAAGAAUAGCACAACAUCAACAGUGCAGCACUAGCAGAGAUUAUCUCAUAUCUGGCCCACAUACAGUGCAGCAGUACUCCAAAAUAAUUUAUCAAGGCUGUGAAAAUGGAUACAAGAGCCUUGAGGAAUCCAUAUGCUGACUAUGAUGGGAACCCUGCGCUCACACAUGCUCUGUUUGACCCCCAUGGAAAGAUCACAUCAGAGUUUGGCCAGCGGCUGAGCAGCAAGGUCAGCGAGCUUCUAGCUGUCAUGGAAAAUGGGCUGAAGUCCGCCGACCCAAGAGAUUGCACUGGUUACACCGGCUGGGCAGGUAUUGCUGUUCUCUACCUGCACCUCCACAAUGUGUUCGGGGAGUCUUCACUCCUUCAGAAGGCUCUGGAGCACGUCAGCCGCAGCCUGAAGUGUCUGACCCACCGCCAUGAUGUCACUUUCCUAUGUGGGGAUUCAGGGCCACUGGCUGUGGCUGCUGUGGUCUUCCACCGCCUGCAGAGGGUGCAGGAGUCUGACGAGUGCAUCAACAGACUGAUGCAGUAUCACCAGAUUGUGGUGACGGGUUCAGGUGGGCUGCCAGAUGAGCUGCUUUAUGGCCGGGUGGGCUUCCUCUACUCCCUCGUCUAUGUCAACCAGCAGCUCGGGCAAGACAGGAUCCCGCUGCAGUACAUCCAACAGAUCAGCGAGGCCGUGCUGAUGUCAGGCGAGCACCUCAGCAAGAAGUUCCGGGUCCAGAAUCAGAGCCCCCUGAUGUACGAGUGGUACCAGGAGCAGUACGUUGGCGCCGCCCAUGGCCUGGCUGGCAUCUAUUACUUUCUAAUGCAGCCGGGCUUCGUCUCUGCGGUGGAGCACGUGUACAGGCUGGUGAAGCCCAGCGUCGACCACGUCUGCCGCCUCAGGUUCCCCUCAGGAAACUACCCUCCCUGCAUCGGGGACGACCGUGACCUGCUGGUUCACUGGUGCCACGGAUCCCCGGGGGUGGUCUACAUGCUCCUGCAGGCAUAUAAGGUCUUCAGUGAUCCUCAGUACCUGGAAUUGGCCCUGCAUUGUGGGGAGGUGGUGUGGAGGUGGGGCUUGCUAAAGAAGGGCUACGGGCUGUGUCACGGUGCAGCGGGGAACGCCUACACCUUCCUGGCCCUCUACCGGCACACGCAGGACCCCAAGCACCUUUACAGAGCCUGCAUGUUUGCAGACUGGUGCAUGAACUACGGCAAACAUGGAUGCAGAACACCAGACACUCCCUUCUCUCUUUUUGAAGGCAUGGCGGGCACCAUCUAUUUCCUGACUGACCUUCUGCAGCCAAUGAAAUCAAGGUUUCCAGCCUUCGAGGUGUAAAUGGUCUCCACAGGUAGUCUUCUACACCCCCACUGAUGGGGAAAUGGAUCAAGAAGAACACGUUCUUUCUCUCUUUCUGUCUUUCUCUCUCUCUCUCUCACACUGGCAUGCAUAGAAACACUGCAUUAAUCUCCAUAAAUGAUCUACGGGGUGUUGUGUCAUUGACCUGAUGACGACUGCUUCAGCAAUUGUGGCAUGUUUUAUUAACAGGAUAAAUCCUUUACUCACAUCUCAAUUAUAAUAAUCUCAAAGGUGAGAGCUUCUCUGACUUUUUGGUUUCUGUUUUGUGUCGCUUAGAAACUCUUUCUUCUGUGCAGAUUGUAACUUUUAGGGUUUCAGCCAAAAGGAAGGAAACUAAUCUUCAGACUUUGUUAAAAUGUAAAAUGAAAUUGUGUAAUAACAGGGCAGAAUUGAUGUUUGGUUAACACUUUACUUUUUUGUAAAUUUAAUGUGUUAAAAUGGAAACUGCAAGAUUAUUAGUUCUCUUUUUCCAGAACAAAAGAGCUUUGCUAGAGACAUUGCACUAUAUAUAAUGCAACGUAAGCUGUGCCAUGUGUUAAGGGCUUGACCCCUCAACUCUGAGUUUAAGCUGUUGUUGUUCUUUGCAUUGUCUGAGCAAUAAAUUGUUUCUUUUUA